AUGGAGAUCAAUAUCUUCAAUGAUCCCAUUCAUGGUAAAAUAGAGCUGCACCCCCUGCUGGUGAAGAUCAUUGACACUCCUCAGUUUCAGAGACUUCGACACCUCAAACAACUGGGAGCAUUAAGUCUGGUGUACCCAGGUGGCACUCAUACUCGCUUUGAACACUCUCUUGGCGUGGCAUACUUAGCAGGAUGCCUGGUCAAGACUCUUGACAUCAAUCAGCCAGAACUCAACAUUACUCCUGGGGACAUGUUGUGUGUCCAAAUCGCUGGUCUGUGUCACGACUUGGGUCAUGGUCCCUUGUCUCAUUUGUUUGAUGGCAAGUUUAUUGCUUCAACCCGGCCUGGUUACCAGUGGAAGCAUGAGAAAGGCUCAAUUGACCUGUUCAGGAAUCUGGUGGAGGACAAUGGAUUGAGAGAGGAGAUGGAAAAUUAUGGACUUAAUCCAGGAGAAGACCUUCGCUUUAUUGAGGAAUUAAUCAUGGGGGUGGAGGCUUCUGUUGCCAUGUGGCCAGAGAACAGGGCCAGGCCUGAAAACAAGUCUUUCCUGUAUGAGAUUGUGGCAAACAAACAGAAUGGCGUUGAUGUGGACAAAUGGGACUAUUUGGCCCGAGAUGCCUAUCAUCUUGGUAUUCAAAACAGCUUUGACUAUCAGUGCCUGCUGAAGUCUGCGCGUGUGUGUGAGGUGGAAAUAGGACAGAGGAAUGUGCAGUCUGUCCGCAUUACAGAAAAGGUGUGUGAGUUGGGAGGUGAAGCAAGAAAACAGCACUUUCCUCUUAAAGACAACAGGGUGUGUGAGAUUGAAUUGGAAAAGAAGAAUGUGCGCAGGUUGACAAUCUGCUUUAGAGACAAGGUGGCAGAUGAUAUUUAUGACAUGUUUUACACCCGAUACACUUUGCACCGCCAGGCCCUCCAGCACAAGGUUGGCUUUGUCAUUGAUGAAAGGAUGAAAGACGUCCUUGUAGAAGCUGAUGGCCACUUACAGAUUUCAGCAGCUAUAGACAAUAUGGCAAAAUACACGAGACUGACAGAUGACAUCUUUGAGGAGAUCAGACAUUCCUCUGAGCCUGGACUAAAUGGUGCCAAAGCUAUCCUUGAUAAGAUUGCUCACAGGUGUCUGCCAAAGUUUGUGGGAGAGGCCCGACUGAAGGAAAGUAGAAGAGAGCCUGAGAAUCAUGUGAAGGACAUGUGCAGGGACAACAACCUGAAUGCACAGCACUUCCAAAUUUAUGAUCUUGACAUGGGUUUUGGCAUAGUAGGAGGAAACCUCCUUGACAACGUCUAUUUCUACAACAAGAGGGACCUGAACACAGCCUUCAGGAUUCAGUCGUAUCAGGUGUCCAGUCUGAAGCCAGUGAAGUUUCAUGAGAGGCUUGUGAGAGUUUACUGUACAGACAUGGAUCAGAGGGAUGCUGAAUGGCACUUCCGUGAAUGGUGCAGAAUCAACAGACAAAUUAUUGAUUACCAUGAGCCUGUUUCAAAUAAUGACAACCCAGAGCCUGAGGUGAUCUUGCAAAUGAAGGUUUUCAACGACCCCAUUCAUGGUCAAAUUAAGCUGCACCCCCUGCUGGUGAAGAUCAUCGACACUCCCCAGUUUCAGAGACUCAGACACAUCAAACAGCUGGGAGGAGCAUAUCUGGUGUAUCCUGGCGCCACUCACACUCGCUUCGAAAACUCCAUUGGGUAUGACUAUUUAAAAAAAAAAAAAAAAAAAAAAAAAAAAAAAUUAAGGGAUAGUUCAUCCAAUAAAUGAUCCUUCUGUCAUCAC